UAUUCUUUAGGUGUAUUCUAUUUGUUUUUUUACAGGUUUCAUUGUAAACACUGGUUUCUUUCCAGUUCUAAAGUGAUGUUUAUUUGAGAGCUUAAUCGUAUCUUGUCUAUUUGCCAAGUUACCAUGGUAACCUCCCUGCCCAAAUUACUGCUGGUUCCUUGUGACAGAGACUCUAACUCUGCUCUCAUGACAUAAAGAGAGAGAGUGAGACAAAGAGAAUGAGAAUAUGUACUGUAUUCUGUUAUCUUUCUAAGGAGGGGAUGGGUAGGGAAAACAAUCUCAGUGGGAACAUUCUCUAAAUAUUGUGGAAAACCUCAAAAAAUCCAGAGGCAAUAGUACACAUGAAACUGUAAUAUAGAGAGAAUAAAACCUGGUUGCUAGGGAAGCAGAGAAUAUUCAAGCACUGCCACAUUUAAGGAACUCAGCCUCUUGUGCUGCAAUAAUAAAACUGAAGAUACUUUUUCAUAUAUCAAUUUGUGCUUUCACCUACUGUGCUGAAUGGUUGCGCUUUAGGUGACAAAUUAUUUCAGUGUUCCGCCUAUGCGCCAGCUGUAAACAGGAAGCACCAUUUCUUCAUUGACACUUCCUCUUCUUGGUCAAGUGCAUUUUCAAUUGUUAAACAUUCACUUGUCUUUAAAAUAUUAGGUGGAAAACCUUUCACACUGCUGACUGGAAUGUGAUGUCUUCGAAUGUGUAUGGAUCUGUUUGUGCUGUGGGAGUUUGAUCACUGAAGUGUUGACUUGCAAAGGCACACAAAAGGGACAGCUUGGGGCACAGGGCAAGGCCUGCAUCUUCAUGCUACAGCAGCUUUCCUGAAGCGUACAUAAAAAGCAGACAUAAAAAAGUGGGAAAAAAUGGAAGAGUUAAUACAAGGCACUGACACGUCUGCUUCUUUUGUAGGGGAAAGAAGGAAGACCAUCCAGCCUGUGUCUUUAAUUGACCCUAAACUGGCAAAGCUUAAAGAGAUACUGAUAGAUUGGAUCAAUAGCACUCUGAAAUCAGAGCAUAUUGUGGUGCAGUUACUGGAGGAAGACCUGUAUGAUGGACUUGUGCUCCAUCACCUGCUGAGCAAGUUAGGAGGACUGCACCUAGAGGUGGAAGAGAUCGCAGUGAACAGUGCAGCUCAGGUGCGCAAACUGGAGGCAAUCCUGCAGGCCCUAAAUCAGGACCUUGGGAUUGGGCCUGAGACAGACACUGAAGCAAAAUGGAAUGUGAAACUCAUUCACAACCGAGACUUGCUGGCGACUCUUCAUCUUCUGGUUGCCAUGGUGAAGCGUUACCAGCCUGACUUAGCACUACCCCAAAAUGUCAGUGUGGAAGUUGUUUUACUUGAGGUUAACAAAGGUGGCAUCAAAUCUGACAAACAGAUAGAAUGCAUUACAUCACAAAGUAAGAUUGCAGGUGGAGCAUCUCACAAUGAUGACCCCAUAGAUGAGGUGCUCAAACUUGAUGAACAUAAAAUUGCCACAGUAAAGAAGGCUCUCUUACACUUUGUCAAUAAGAACAUAUCUCCAUUGAGGCUGCAGGUGGCUGACAUCGAGAAACAGUUUGCAGAUGGUGUGAUCCUCCUUCUGUUGAUUGGUGAAUUGGAGGGCUUCUUCAUUCCACUCUAUGAGUUUUACCUCUCUCCCACCACCCAUUCAGAAAUGCUUCACAAUGCAACCCUGGCUUUGGAUAUCCUCAGUGACAGAGAUAUGCCAGUAUUAAAUGUGGAACCAGAAGAUAUUGUGUCCCAAGAUGUGGCUGCUACACUCAAAGUGUUGUAUGCCUUGUUCCAGAAGCACAAGUACAAAUAAUUCCAGCCAAAUCUACACCUUCUAUAAAUGUCUGGCAUAAGCUAACCUUCCUGUCAGCUUAGAGUACCACAUUAACUCUGAUGUUCUUUUGUCAUUGUGACUGGCGAGGCAGUUGUUCAGACAGCUUCAUUCCUGCCAGCCUUAAUGAAAGUGAGAGCGCAUUUGACCGCACUGCUCAUCAUGCAGAUUGGAUUUGGAUGCUGACAGCAUUGUUUCACGCCAUCUUUCCACUCUCUAGCCCUGCCUCUCCCUCUCUUCCACCCUCCCACACAUUCUCCUUCUGGGCUGCUGCCCUUGGCCCCCUUGCUGGUCUUGAUGGAAUAAAUGCACUAGUGAUACACUA